UCAACAUUUUUGUACUGUUAUGUGUUUAACUAUUAAGUGUUAAAAUUGAGUAAAAAUAAAGUGUUUCAAUGGCUACUGCUGUAACAAUGUCCCCGUCCAAUUGCGAUGCAAUGAAACAGCAAAAACCUGACAUUGUCAGCUCUGUUCAAGUCCCAUCUGGCAACACUGGACAAUCUUCAUCAGGAAAUACUGGAAAAUUAGAGAUUAAGUGUAAACCCAUCAUGUCAGCUUUUCCUGUGCGGGGAAAACGAUUCCACCGUAAGCGAAGACACAGUACAAGUGAAGAGUUCCCUGGCAGCAUCAACGCAGCAAAAUCACAGAAUGCUAAACAUCGACGACAAGGUGCAUCACAUCACAAGAAAGAAAUAGCAGGAGAUAUUAUUCUACCUACAAAUUUCCUGCUAGGGGGAAACAUACGUGAUCCCUUAAACCUUAACUCAAUGCUUGAUGAAAAGGUUAACCGAGCACUUAAUGCUGUAACGCCAUCAUCAAGUCCACUGCCACCUAGAAAUUCAACAAUAAGUAUCGUUAUACCAAAUGAUAUGACUGACCCUCUUGGUUUAAAUGCCGCACCAACAGAGGAAGUGGCAGAAAAUUCAAGCCUUAAUCAGCCAAGCGUUCAGAAAAAAGAAAGAGAACGUAGCAACAGUAAAAGCAGAAAUCGUAAGCGGCGCAAAAAGAGCCUUGUAGAGAGAACUCUUCCUGACCAAGAAGACACACUACAAGACGAGGGAAAAAAUGAACCAGACUCUAUCACUGGUGUAUUGAAACUGGAUAACAAGUGUAUGAAAGUAAAGAAAAAUAAGCCAAGUUUUCUGGUCCUUGAUGGGAAUUGUGAUCAAAAUUCGUUGUCUGUUCAUGUGCCUCAGACCUCUGCUGUUACAGACCCAAUCGUUUCUCCCGUUAUUCCGCAGAAGACAAAUCGAAAUGUUGUCUUCUCUCCAAAAUCUCGCAAACGUAAAGCGUCUGCUUCUAUCCAUGCAAAAAACAUUGCACAACUUAACAUGGAUGUUGUCCCUGGAACUGACUUGCUUGUAGUAGCAAGCGAGACGAAAGAAACACUUGAGAAAAAAGGUGCCAAAAAGUCACUAUACAGCCAUGAAAACGAAAGUACUUCAGAAAAAACAUGCGUUCAAUAUUCUGCUGUUUGUAGUCCCUCACAAAACUCUCAGAAAACAGAGAAAAAAGGGACGAAUGUAAAAAGUGCAAAACCAAGCUUUAAAAAGAACAACGCUAGGUUUCAGUAUGGAAAUUACAGUCAGUAUUACGGGUACAGAAAUCCUAAGAAGUUCCAAGAUUGUCGGAUGACUUGUUUGAAACGAGAAUGGUUUAAAGAAAAAGAUGUUCUUGACGUUGGAUGCAACGUUGGUCAUCUGACUCUUCUCAUAGCAAGGGAUUACUCCCCAAGGAAGAUUGUAGGGAUCGAUAUAGAUGGAUCUCUUAUUAAUAUUGCUCGUACAAAUAUCAGGCAUUACGCAACUGCUAGUGUAAGACCCCCAUCACAACUUGCUUCCUCGUUUCCGGACUCGAUGCCAAAGAUGUACGGUCCUCUCGUUGCUCCUCCUGUGGAGACGGGGAAAGAUGACUCUGCAGAGUUUCCUAACAAUGUCUUGUUCUUUGAGGGCAACUAUGUCCCAGAAGUUGACGAAAUACUUCGAUUUCAAGAACCUGAAUAUGACGUCAUAAUGUGUAUGAGUGUUACCAAGUGGAUGCAUAUGAAUUGGGGCGAUGAAGGGCUCAAAAAAACUUUCGAGAGAUUUUUUAAGCAACUUCGAGCUGGUGGGAAGUUAAUAAUAGAACCGCAAGAGUGGAAGUCUUAUGGAAAAAAGAAAAAACUAACGGAGAGAAUAUACAAAAACUACAACUCUAUUGAAUUAAAACCUGCCAUGUUUCCUGACUAUCUCAUCAAAGUAGUUGGCUUUGAGAGUGUUGAAUAUUUGACGCUCACAACACAAAACAGAUCAGAGGGUUUUAAAAGGCCUAUACAACUUUACAGAAAGCCAGAAUGAAAUGUAUUUUCAACUGACCUGCCACACAAUCUUAAAGCAUUAAUACAUUUCUUGAAUGUCACCUAUGUUAAAACACUGCAAUGUCAUGACCCGUUCACUGCUCAUGUGUUAUAUUUCCGUUUUAGUUGCGCAGUUUUAAGCGUUUUGAAAUCUCACCUUGACCUUGUGUUAUAUGCUGCUAUUUAACUAUCCUGGAAAUAACAUGUUCUAUGGUGAGGUUU